AUGGUACAAAAACAGAAGUCAGUGCUGAUUGAGGAUCUAGGAUACGCUGAUUGUAGCCCUGUUGUUCCUUAUAAGACAAAGAGUAAUGUUGAGCAGCCAACUAAAUAUCCUGAGCCACAUAAGGUGCAGAUAGUGGAGCAAGAAGCAGUGAAUGAUGUUGGGGAUUUUUCAGAACAUGAGGCACCGAAGAAAGGAAAGGGUAUAAGGUCUUCAAAGGGUAAAUCAGUGGCUCUACAAGAGGCACCAAAAAAGGGAAAGGCUACAAGGUUUUUAAAGGGUAAAGCAGUGGCUCAACCUGAGGCACCAAAGAGAGGAAGGGCUACAAAGUCUUCAAAGGGUAAAGGUGUGGCAAUGGCAAGUGCAACAGAAAAGGAAGAUAGUGAUGCAUCCUUAUUUGAUGCAUUUAGCUUUGUUGACAGUGAGUAUGGGGGGGAUAACAUUAAAAAGAUCGCUGAGGAAAACAAUUUUUUGCAACAAUGGAUUAGAGACCAUGCCCCAGUUGAAGAUACUUUUUGGCCUUAUGAAGAUGAAGAGAGAAAUGAGGGUGAAGGUGGUAUUGUUAAUGAGGGUGAAGGUGGUGUUGUUAAGGAGGGUGAAUGUGGGGUCCAUAAUUUUGACAACUUGGCAGGUGGGGACCAACCUUCACAGACUGGUCAAGGUAGGGACCACCCUUCACAUACUAGUCAAAAUAAAACUAAUCUUCACAAACUGAGGGAUCAAGCAGUGGAGGAUGAGUUAAGAAGUGUUCAUUCAGAUGAAGAUGAUGAAACAGUUGCAAAGGGAAAAAAUUCAAACACUAUAACCACGAAGCAGACAAACAAAACCCUAAUUCAGUCAAAUCCCACGAUGCCUCCACAGUCUAUAGUGAACUCAGCCUAUUCUGAGUUUAAAGUAGGUAUAUCUAGAAUGAAAGCUUACAGGGCAAAAGCAGAGGCGCUUCGAAUCAUUGAAGGAACAGUUACUGAGCAAUAUGUCAUGCUCUAA